AUGACUGGCGGAAAGUCCGGCGGCAAGGCUAGCGGCAGCAAGAACGCGCAGUCCCGUUCCUCCAAGGCUGGUUUGGCCUUCCCCGUUGGCCGUGUCCACCGUCUGCUCCGCAAGGGCAACUAUGCCCAGCGUGUCGGUGCCGGUGCUCCCGUUUACCUCGCUGCUGUCCUCGAGUACCUCGCUGCUGAGAUUCUCGAGUUAGCUGGAAACGCCGCUCGUGACAACAAGAAGACCCGUAUCAUUCCCCGUCACCUCCAGCUUGCCAUCCGCAACGAUGAGGAGCUGAACAAGCUCCUGGGUCACGUCACCAUUGCCCAGGGUGGUGUUCUCCCCAACAUCCACCAGAACCUUCUCCCCAAGAAGACUCCCAAGGCCGGCAAGGGCAGCCAGGAGCUGUAA